AUGGUGAAUUCGGCGUAUGAACCACUGAGUAAUGAGGUGGAUGGAGAAGGUGGAUCGCAACUGCGAUUCAAACGCCCCAGGAAAGGCCAUGGAGUGUUGAGAGUGUUACGCAAGUAUGCACAGUUUAUUGGGCCUGGAUUAAUGGUUUCUGUGUCAUAUAUGGACCCUGGUAACUACAGUACAGCUGUGGCGGCGGGAUCUGCCCACCGAUAUAAGCUUUUAUUCUCUGUCCUUGUUUCGAACUUUAUGGCAGCGUUUUGGCAGUGUUUAUGUGCCCGCUUGGGUGCUGUCACUGGUUUGGAUCUAGCUCAAAACUGUCGAAAACACUUGCCAAAUGGUUUAAAUGUUGCACUGUACAUUUUCUCUGAAGUGGCUAUUAUAGCGACCGAUCUGGCCGAGGUUAUUGGUACUGCGAUCUCACUGAACAUUUUAUUCGGCAUUCCGUUGGCUCUUGGGGUCGUAUUGACCGUGGUUGAUGUUCUGAUUGUAUUAAUGGCUUAUAAAUCCAAUGGAUCCCUGAGAUUGAUAAGAUGGUUUGAGAUGUUUGUUUCUGUACUUGUUGCCGCAACAGUAGUCUGCUUCACCAUUGAGCUUUUCUAUGCAGAUCUGGGGAGCGCUAAAGAACUCUUCAGCGGAUUCUUACCGAGCAGAGCGGCUAUCGAAGGUGAUGGGCUUUAUUUGAGUCUUGCAAUCCUCGGGGCUACAGUUAUGCCGCACUCGUUGUUUCUGGGAUCUGGGGUUGUGCAGCCACGUUUAAGAGAAUUCGACAUCAACCAUGGUAACUACAUGCCCAGCGAAUCCGACAUUGACAAUAAUCAUGAAAAUUACAAACCGUCAAUGGGCGCUAUCAAGGAGACUUUGAACUAUACAACCGCCGAACUACUAGUGUCAUUGUUCACAGUUGCACUCUUUGUCAAUUGCGCUAUCUUGAUAGUCUCGGGAGCCACGCUGUACGGGAACACUGACACCAAUGGCACGGACGAAGCAGACUUGUUCUCGAUCUACAACUUGCUUUGCCAGUCGCUCUCCAAGAGCGCCGGUACAAUCUUUGUCUUAGCGCUGCUCUUCUCAGGUCAGAGCGCAGGUAUAGUGUGCACUCUGAGCGGUCAAAUGGUCAGCGAAGGCUUCCUAAAUUGGACCGUCUCUCCAAGUAUCAGACGUAGUGCUACAAGAGCAGUUGCCAUCACACCGUGUUUGAUCCUAGUUCUUGUCGCGGGCAGAAACGGUUUAAGCGGCGCUCUAAAUGCUUCUCAAGUGGUUCUUUCACUACUACUACCGUUCGUAUCGGCACCGCUAAUCUACUUCACAAGUAACAGCACCGUUAUGAGCGUUAGAGUGGACUCACAUCGCGAUGACUACUCGUUACAAGACCUCGGCGACACUGGCAGCUCCGGCCUUCUCGAAGAGCAAGACCACAUUAUUUACAAAGAUAUGAGCAACGGUAUCUUCGUGAAGAUUGCCGCUGUACUUACUUGGCUGCUGAUCUCAGCUCUCAACUUCUACAUGCUCAUCAGCUUUUCGCGAGGCCAAGAUGUUCAUCUUUAA